CAUCACUGCGAGCGCCCAUCGUGCGGUACGAUUCAGGUUCCAACUAUGCGCGGUAACACGGCCCAUGUCAGCUGUUAUCGGGCUCUGCCUGACAGUCCUUGAAGUGUUGCUUCAGUUUGGCGACCUGCAUCGUGGAGGCCCCCCUCUGCACCGCACUCUCCUCACCCUUCGUGCGCAUUUGCGAUCUGAAGGUUCACGCGCCACCAUGGAGGUCCGACGGGAGCUCAGGAGGAUGCCCAAGGGCGAGCGGUGUCCGGAAUGUGGAAGCCAAAAGUGGUAUCUCCAGGAUGGACUGCGGUUCUGCGCCCGCGGCCAUCAGAUCGAGGGUUUCAUCCAGUUUGAUCUCGGCGAGGAGGAGGACUCUGGCCGGAUGGGCACUGUGGCUCGCCGAGAGAAGGAGGUCAGGGAGCAAGAGAAGAGGCAGCUGACCGGCGCCGAGGGCAAGCUGCUGUAUCUCGAGGCCCUGCAGCUGCUCCUCAGGAACCAGGUACUGUGGCUCGUUCGCGUCAAGGGCUAUAGGGAGGAGCUCGAGACUGUCGUGCGAGACCUGUGGGAUCUGCGAAUCCGCGGAUCCAGGCCUCUAGAGCCCACCGUCGAGGACGCGACAGAAGCAACCUUGAAAUUGUUCGACUCUCAGUCCCCUGCUGGGGAGGGCAAGCCUACUUGGAGCUCGAGAGCCAGAGCAAAUAGCUGGGAUCCGGACCGCGGUGCUGGCUGGCCCAUGCCCAAGAUGCCGGAUACGAUUGGACUCUGCUACCUUGGCUGCUUGCUCCUCAGGAUACCAACCCGAUUAGGCGAGUUGAUACAGUGGACGAACCGGGGCGGCAUGCCAUACAGGACGGCUUUUCACGAUCUACCACGCGAGAUACAAGACCGCAUGCCGUCGACCUAUGUCACGGCACUCAAACUGCCUUUCCGAACCGGUCUAACUGGAGGAGACCUAUACUCUGCUGUCAUGGACCUGGCCCUCUCAUACCAUCUCAACUUCAAAAUGGUGUUCCCCGAAGUCAACGCCGUGCCAACGCUCAUGCAUUACGCAAAAGAGUUGGCACUACCGGCCGAAUCGAUCAUCGUCGCCAAGAGACUCGCGGUGCUGCUUGAUUCUCAUUUCACCUUUCCUACAGGCAGUCACAGGAUUCGGCAUAUCCACCAUCCGGAAAUUCACAUUACUGCGCUGUUGAUCGUUGCGACAAAGCUGUGUUUCCCCUUUGAGCAGCGCCGGAGCUCCUUCUUGCCACCAGGGGAGACGCCUCUACCCAAGUUCGACUGGGAGCGCUGGAAAGGCGGUCAGACGGCCACUACCUCCGAGCCUGACGAUAGGAACAUACGCUUUGGCACAGCCACCGAGAAGGAGGUGAUGAACAUGACCGAUGAAGAGUUGGACGAGUACUUUUCCUACAUAGCGAGCUUCACAGACAACAAGAACGAGAACCCUAUAACCAACUUUUUCCCACCUGUGCCAACAUCUGGCAGCGCACAAUCUGUCCCCGAUCCUACGGAAGAAGAGAUUCUUGAGAGGUCGCGAGAUGUACUCUGUCAAGCGGUGCUACCGACUCAACCCAAAUCUAGCGACUCAGAGAACACGCCAUACGAGGCAUUCUUUGAUGCCCAAGACUUGUCGGACACGGCAAGAUUCUUUUACAAGGCCGCAGGCAAGGUCGCUGGGCUUCCCUUAGACGUGGUGGUGCGAGCAGCGUACAUGUUGGAGCGAAGGAUUGUCUCGUGGCAGAAAGGUCAAUCCUUAAUCCAUAACUCGUGAAUAAGCGAAUAAAGCCAAGUGAAAUCUACGGCCCAAGGAGACACCAUUUGUAGUGCGACUUACAAGAGCCAGGAUGAGCAUCACCAGGACGCACUCGG